GUGAAAUCCGCCGUUUGUCAGUCAACACUACUGUAUCCUCCUCCUCGCUUGGCAUCAUCCUGUUGUGUGCCCACCUAGUUCCAGCGACGAACGACCCGAAAGCCUUCUGCUUGAAGUGAAUAUAUUUCUAGCAAAAGCCGCCGGCUCGGCACGCGUUUUUCAGAUUUGUUUUCGGCCGUUGUCGUAGCCUUUUAUUUUAUCGUCAAAAUGAGCCAAGAUGUAAUAGGCUGCUGUGUAGUUAUUGCUAGCUAGGCAGUCAAAUUCCUUCAACCAGCAGCCUGCUGCUUCAAUCACUGCGGGUUGACACAUUUUAGCCGAGGCGCUGUUUAGUGAGCUAGCGGGCUAGCAGGGCAGCCUCCGUAGCCGUUACGUCUAAUUUAGCCAGCGUUAGCUGAUGUAGUUACUCGGAAAAUAGGCGCAGUGCUGCGGUGUGGAUAGUGCAAUAUAGAUUACCACUCUAAUAUUAGCUUGCUGACAAGGGGUCUUUACUUUUACAGCCUAAACGGGCUUAUCUAGCGUUGGGGAGAGUGCACAGAUAUCAGCUGUUACGGGUUCGGAUGUGGCGACUCUGCGGUCUUAAACCACUUUUAGCGGAUUGAGAAGAUUAAAUUAAAGAAGGUAGAAUUGGAUCUCCCAGUGACACACGAGGGGUUAAUGAUAUAAACGGGUAUUAAGUGGCUAAUCUGUGGCAGCUGGAGUCAUUUUAAUAUUAGCUGUAUUAAGAGGUGUGCAGGCUGAGAGCAUCUCGGGGAGGCCCCACCGUCUCUUGGCUCCCUCCUCCCUGUCCGAAUCUCCCGUGAUUUGCUGAGAUCGCCCGGUUGAAGUCGCAGUUGCUCUCGGCCGGGGGGACAACUUGACAGCGAGGCCCCUUGGCUAGUCUCCCCCCCACCCCCUCCCCCAGUCCUAUCCAUCCAUCCACUCGUCCGGUCCGACACUACUACUACCACCAGCACCACCUCCUCGCUAGAGACAGAAGCGAGGAAACCGGGGUUCGGGAGAAGCUGAAACCGUGGGCAAGUGUUCGUUAGGUCCCGCCUGAACCGGGCUGCCAAAAACCAGAGGGGAUGACUCUGGAGUCCAUGAUGGCUUGCUGCCUGAGCGAAGAGGCGAAGGAGUCGAAACGAAUCAAUGCAGAAAUUGACAAACAACUCCGCCGAGACAAGCGAGACUCCAGGAGAGAGCUGAAAUUACUGCUGCUCGGUACAGGAGAAAGUGGCAAGAGCACCUUCAUCAAGCAGAUGAGGAUCAUCCAUGGAGCUGGAUACUCGGAUGAAGAUAAAAGAGGCUUCAUUCGACUUGUUUACCAAAACAUCUUCACCUCCAUGCAGUCCAUGAUCCGCGCCACUGAGACCCUCAAGAUCCCCUACAAAUAUGAAGACAACCGGGCUAAUGCUAUGCUUGUGAAGGAGGUGGACAUUGAGAAGAUCAAUAGUUUUGAGCAACCAUACAUUACAGCUAUUAAAAGCCUGUGGGCUGACCCAGGAAUCCAGGAGGCCUACGACCGUCGCAGAGAAUACCAGCUCUCUGACUCCACAAAAUAUUACCUUAGUGAUAUAGACCGUGUGACUGCGGAGGGUUAUGUUCCCACCCAGCAAGAUGUACUGAGGGUCCGUGUUCCCACCACGGGUAUAAUAGAGUACCCGUUUGACCUGGAGAACGUCAUCUUCAGGAUGGUAGAUGUAGGGGGCCAGAGGUCAGAGAGGAGGAAGUGGAUUCACUGCUUUGAGAAUGUCACUUCCAUUAUGUUUCUUGUGGCGCUGAGUGAGUAUGAUCAGGUCCUGGUGGAGUCGGACAAUGAGAACCGCAUGGAAGAGAGUAAGGCUCUGUUCAGGACUAUCAUUACCUACCCCUGGUUUCAAAACUCCUCUGUCAUCCUCUUCCUUAAUAAGAAAGACCUGCUAGAGGAGAAGAUCACCUACUCGCACUUGGUGGACUACUUUCCCGAGUUUGAUGGUCCCCAGAGAGAUGCACAGGCGGCGCGGGAGUUCAUCCUCAAGAUGUUUGUGGACUUAAACCCAGACAGCGACAAGAUCAUCUACUCUCACUUCACUUGUGCCACGGACACUGAGAACAUCCGCUUUGUGUUUGCAGCUGUCAAAGACACCAUCCUACAGCUCAAUCUCAAAGAGUACAACCUGGUGUGAGGGCUCAAAUGCGACGCACAUCUCCUCCCCCACUGCACAAAUGCACACCUCUUUGGGAAUGUGCCGUCAGCUCCACAUGCAUUACACAGCACAUCACUCCAGCUCACAUACACAAACACACACAGACGCAGAUGUGAACGCAUGCACGCACACAAUCCCUCCCCCAACAGAACCGUGGCUUUUUUUUUCUUUUUUCUUUUUUCUUUUUUUUCUUUCUCCCAGUACAGUGAACCCACAGAUCCUCCCACCUGC